AAAACUUUAUUGGGCGUUUUUUUUUAAAUCACAGUCAUUAAUUAAUAAUAAAUCAUCCAGAGUCAUCGAUUUUGCUAUCUUUUGAUCAAGUACUACCCAAUUAGGCGUGUCAUCAACUAAUUAUGUCUUUACCAGAGGUACUAAGCAAGAUUUUCAAACAAGUUGAAUCGAAAAAACAGACUUACAUUGAUUUGUUAAGAGAGGCGGUGGCUAUUAAGUCGGUAUCGGCAUGGCCUCACACUCGACAAGAAAUCGUUAGAAUGAUGGAAUGGGCUCAGGUAAGGUUGCAAAAAUUAGGGGCCACAACAGAGCUAAGGGAAAUUGGCAAUCAGCAAUUUCCUGAUGGCACUGUUCUUAAAUACCCUCCAAUAUUGUUGGGCAAACUUGGAAACAACCCCAACAAAAAAACCGUGCUGGUUUAUGGUCACUUGGACGUCCAACCUGCUCAUCUUUCAGAUGGCUGGGACAGUGAACCAUUUGAACUUACAGAAAGGGAUGGGAAACUUUAUGGAAGAGGGUCUUCAGAUGAUAAAGGUCCAGUAUUAUGUUGGAUGCACGCAAUAGAAUGUUUCAAAGAUUUAAACGAAGAACUACCUGUCAACUUAAAAUUUGUUUUCGAAGGUAUGGAAGAGAGUGGUAGUGAAGGCCUAGAUGAUCUUCUUCUAUCAGAAAAAGACAAAUUUCUAGUAGGCACUGACUACGUAUGCAUCUCUGAUAACUAUUGGCUAGGAAAAAACAAACCGUGCAUUACUUACGGCCUUAGAGGUGUUUGUUAUUUCCACAUAGAAGUCACAGGAGCUGGCAAAGACUUGCACAGCGGCAUUUACGGUGGCACAGUAGCAGAAGCCAUGACAGAUUUAGUGUAUUUAAUGAACACUCUUGUGGAUAAAGAUGGCAAAAUUUUAGUCGAGGGGUUGUAUGAUGAUGUGGCUCCUAUGCUGGAGAAUGAAAAUGAGAUUUAUGAGAAAAUCGAUUUUGAUGUUGAUGAGUAUAGGGGUGAUGUAAGGUGUCAGAAAUUGUUACAUGAUGAGGUUAAGGAGACUAUUUUGAUGCACAGAUGGAGGUAUCCUGCUUUGAGUCUACAUGGAAUAGAGGGUGCUUUCAGUGAGCCUGGUCAAAAAACUGUCAUUCCAGCUAAAGUAAUUGGCAAAUUUUCUAUAAGAAUUGUGCCCAAUCAAACACCAGCUAAAAUAGAAGAGUAUGUUUGCAAAUACAUUCAGAAACUGUGGGAUCAAAGGGGCAGUCCUAAUCAUAUGAAGGUAUUUAUGGUUGACGGUGGUCAUCCUUGGACUGAAAACCCAUCCCAUCCUCACUACUCGGCUGCCAUCAAGGCCACCAAGCAUGUCUACAACAUCGAUCCGGAUUUGACCAGGGAAGGUGGCUCUAUUCCGGUUACUUUGACGUUACAGCAAGCCACCGGUAAAAAUGUACUUUUGUUGCCGGUAGGAGCGGGCGACGACGGGGCCCAUUCCCAAAACGAGAAGCUGGACAUAAGGAAUUAUAUUGGAGGGGUGAAGUUGAUGGCUUCCUAUCUCUAUGAGGUUGCGCAAUUGGCAUAAUUAUUAUUAUUAUUAUUAUUAUAUAAAAGUAUUUUUAUACAAAUAAAUAUUGUUUAA